AAUAAAAGAUAGAUGUCAAGAUGUCAAUUAAACCUAUUCAUUAUUUUUUUCAAAACUACAAUAUAUUUUAAUCUUUAAUGUAAAAAAUAUAUAUAUAUAAUAUUUUUGAUUUUUUAAUAUAUGUUUACCAUGAUUUUGCAAAAAAUAUAUAUUGACAUACAUAUGACGUGGGAUAUUUCGACGAUAGUGGUAGAAUUUAAAUUUUGUAAUAAAAUAUAUUUUCUAUUUUUUACACGUAAUUUUGAAAUAUUGAAAUUUAAUUUCAAUUAUUAUUGAUGUUACAAUCUUAUUUUGGGCUGAGAAUAAUACUAAAAUAAUAAAAAGAAUCUAUUAUCCUUCAGUAUAGGACGAAAAAAUACAUUGAAUGUUAGGUCUAUUCUGUACCUCGUUUGUGAUGGCAAAAGUUGAUCGGUCUCUAUCUAUCUAUAUAUAUAUGUAUAUUAAAGAUGUUUGUUUAUAGUUGAUAAAUAUCUCAGUAACAUUAAAUAUCAUGGAUUAUGAAUUUAAAUUAAAAACUGACACAGAUCGAACUAAGGUCGAAGAUCUUUUUGAAUUUGAGGGAUGUAAAGUUGGAAGAGGAACUUAUGGUCAUGUCUAUAAAGCUCGCAGAAAGGAAGGUGUACCAGAUAGCGAAUUAAAAUCUCGACCAGACACAAAGGAUUUUGGCCUUAAACAAAUAGAAGGUACAGGUCUUUCAAUGUCUGCAUGUCGAGAAAUUGCAUUACUUAGGGAACUGAAACAUGUAAAUGUGAUUACAUUAAUUAGAGUCUUUUUAUCACAUAUUGAUCGCAAAGUAUGGUUAUUAUUUGACUUUGCUGAACAUGAUUUAUGGCAUAUAAUAAAGUUUCAUAGAGCAGCAAAAGCUAAUAAAAAACCUGUUAUGGUACCAAAGGGUAUGGUAAAGUCUUUGUUGUAUCAAAUUCUUGAUGGUAUUCAUUAUUUACAUUCCAAUUGGGUUCUUCAUAGAGAUUUGAAACCAGCAAAUAUCUUAGUAAUGGGAGAAGGAAAUGAAAGAGGACGUGUUAAAAUUGCAGACAUGGGUUUUGCUAGAUUAUUCAAUGCUCCCUUAAAGCCUCUUGCAGAUUUGGAUCCAGUUGUAGUAACAUUUUGGUAUAGAGCACCGGAAUUACUUUUAGGUGCUAGACAUUAUACAAAAGCUAUAGAUAUUUGGGCUAUUGGUUGUAUAUUUGCAGAGCUUUUAACUUCUGAACCUAUAUUCCAUUGUAGGCAAGAAGAUAUCAAGACUAGUAAUCCAUAUCAUCAUGAUCAAUUAGAUAGAAUAUUUAACGUGAUGGGAUUCCCAUUGGAAAAAGAUUGGGAGGAUAUUAAAAAAAUGCCAGAACAUCCUACAUUACUUAAAGACUUUAAAAGAUCAAAUUAUGCAAACUGUUCUCUUACUAAAUAUAUGGACAGACAUAAAAUUAAACCCGAUAGUAAAGCAUUUAAUUUGCUUCAAAAAUUGUUAAUGAUGGAUCCCAAUAAACGAAUAACCUCUGAACAUUCUAUGCAAGACGCUUACUUUCAAGAAGAACCAUUGCCAACGCAAGACAUAUUUGCCGGUUGUCCUAUUCCAUAUCCCAAACGAGAAUUCUUAACGGAUGAUGAUACAGAGGAAAAGACUGAAAAUAAAGCACGACAAAAUCAACAACAAACUCAACAAAAUCAGCAACAACAAGGAAAUGGUGAUCAUAAUCACGGACAAAAUGCAAAACGAGUAAGACUUAAUGGCCCUCAUGGAGCUCCAGAAUUUCAUCAACAUCAAAGUCAUGCAAUGACUCAUCAACAACCUCCAGGAAUGGUUUAUUCUACCGCACAACCAACGCAACCAUCAAAUUUUCAUCAACGUUUUUAAAUAAUAUCAUAUAAGGUGAUUAAAUUCGCCAGUGAACAAUUAAAUUAUUAGUCUAUCAAUUUAAUUGAUUUCUGUAUCAAUGAACAGAUGAGACGAUUUCUGUAUAUUCACAAUAUGAUAAUAUAAUUUUAUUUAUAUAUUGUGUAUA